AUGAUCGAAGAGAGCCGCGCACCCCACGCGAGGGCCGUCCUUCUGUCCAUGGCUUCGGCUGCCACCGUCUUUGUUGCCGCCAGGGCCUACGGAUGCGCGCGCCUGAUGCGGAGGAGGCCCUAUGCCGAGGAGUGGCUGAGCGCGCUGUCGCUCGCCAUCGUCUGGCUCAACGUGUCCUUCAUAACGACUGGCCUGUUCAACGGCCUCGGGCGCCACGUCGCCGUGCUCUCGCACGAGCAGCAGGUGAGGGCCAAGUUCUGGUAUACUGUUGGCACGCCGUUCAGCGUUAUAAACCUGGCCGUGUCCAAGAUGUCGGUUGUGAGCUUGCUGUGUCGGAUCUUCAAGCCGGGCGAGCUCCACAAGGCUGCCAUGUGGGCGUCGGUGAUACUGUGUCUGCUCGGUUUCCUUGCCGUUUCUUUCAUGGCCUUCUUCGGCUGCAAACCGGUGCAGGCAUCAUGGGACCCGACUAUCAAAGGCGCAAAAUGUAUACAAUCGAUCCAAUACGUGCAAUAUUGCUAUUUCGCUGCCGGUGAGCAAAAUCACUGCCUCCCGCCUCCGCCGGGCUUGGUACACAAUGUUGAGCUCAUAUGUUGUCCAGCACUCUCCGCCGCUCUCGAUCUAUACUUUGCAGUGUACCCAGCGGCCGUCUUCCACCGCCUUACGUGUAGCAAGAAGAGGAAGUUCACGUUGAGUAUAAUGCUUGGGCUAGGGGUCUCAGCGGCGGCGGCAGGCUCCUACAAGACCUCGUUGCUUGGAACUAAUGCAAGUCCCGAUUUUACCUAUGGGCGGUUUUUGGACAGAGAAGCUGGAUUCCAUCUUGAGGUCAAUCAGUUCGAGUUGGGCUACUGGUACGACGGCGACGACGGCGCAAACGUCCACCAUACAGACUAG